AAAGUUCCUCAUUCAUUGUUUAUGCUGUUUUUUUUUCUUUCUUAGGUGAAAACAAAUAACUAACUUCAUAUCCAUUUGUUUGUAAAACUCUACAUGACCUCAUAUAUAUGUUGUUUAUUUAAGACACUUGAAGUAAGGAGCUUGUUGGAUUAACUAAUUAGUUAUGGAAAACUAUGAAAAGGUUUAUCUGGUUUUGUCUGGAGUGAUCUCAUGGACAAGUGCAUUCUUGAUAACAAGAAAGAUUUUCCCGAAAAGGUCUUUUGAUUUCUGUAACCGUAUCGUUUCCACAAUUCAUGCUUUGUUCGCGGUGUUCUUGUCUUCUAAAUCUGUUCAAGACUGGAGUUGCCCAGUUUGUCCCUUGGCUUCAAAUUCUUCCACUCUCCAGAUGAAAGCUUUAGGAGUUACUCUUGCUUAUUUAAUCUAUGAUUUAAUAUGUUGUUUAUUCGACAAGAAUAUAAAGAUUGAUAAUUCAGUUCAUCAUUUAGUUAGCAUUGUUGGAAUUGGAGCAGGCCUUGCUUAUGAGAAGUGUGGAUCAGAAAUGGUGGCUGCAUUAUGGAUCACAGAGAUAUCUAGCCCAUUUCUUCAUUUAAGAGAACUUCUCAAAGAGCUUGGUUACAAAGACACUGAUCUUAAUCUAGCAGCUGAUGUUGCAUUUGCAGUGAUUUUCACACUUGCAAGAAUGUGUUUUGGACCAUAUCUCUGUUAUGUUACACUAUCAGCCGCGAAUCCAAUUCUCAUCAAGGCAAUGGCUUUGGGACUUCAGUUGGUCAGUGCUUUCUGGUUCUACAAGAUUGCCAAAAUGGUGAAAUACAAGUUGAUUAAGAGAUCUUCAUCGAAACCCAAAAAGCUCUAGCUAGCUCACGAACGAAUAACAUGCACUCCGUAUCUAUAUUCCAUGAAUUUAUAUGACUUUUGAGUGAUAACAUGUUUUUUUUGUUAGAAAAGUAUUAACGGCAUCAUAGGCGUGUACGUUUUCAUGAAGAGGUGGUUUUAUGGGAAAUGGUGUGAAAAUGGAAAACUUGAAUCUAAGAAAUACUUGAAUUAUGAAUGUUUUUUGGUUU